UUUCCCAUCGUCUGCUACAAAAAUUCAACCAUCUCCUCCUCCACCCUCCAUCAAUCUCUUCAUUCAAAUCAUCACCUGCUACAGUUUUUUCCUUCUCAUUCUUUUCUGCUGUUUCUCAAAUUUCAUUGCUUUCUUUUUCUCUCCCAAUUUCUUGAUUGAUCCCCCUUCAAUCUUUUCAUUCAGUUUUCUGGGGUUUUGUUUCUUUCAUUCCAUUACCCCCCCCUUUUUCUGAAUCUGGAGAAUCUCCGAUACCCUUUUCCAGUUUUUUUCUUGUAUAAAUUAUACCCCUUUUCGGGUCAAGAUUUUUCUUGUAGGAGGUUGACCGACUUCGCUGAUUUCUACUACAAUGUGCCCUUUUUCGCCUACGUAAAUCCACGUUUCUGGCUUCUAUCAAUUCAACUUUUCUUCACAUUUACAUUAUUCUGUGGUUUGAAUUUGGCUGAUUGGAUAUGAAGUUAUUAGUACGUGUGAUUGAAGCCAAAAAUAUACCUGCCAUGGAUCCAAAUGGGUCCAGUGAUCCAUAUGUUAAGUUAAAAGUAGGCCAUCAAAGAUGCAAGACUAAAGUGGUAAAAAAGUGCCUGAACCCUUCUUGGUGCGAGGAGUUUAGUUUCAAGGUGGAAGACUUAAAGGAACAGCUUGUUGUUUCUGUCUUGAAUGAUGACAAGUACUUCAAUGAUGAUUUUAUUGGAAGUGUUAAAAUUCCUAUUUCUCGGGUUUUUGAUACGCCUGACAAGUCCCUAGGUACUGUUUGGUACCCUUUGCAACCCAAGAAGAAAUCCAAGAUUAAGGAUUGUGGUGAAGUUCUUAUCACAAUAUGCUUCUCGCAAAAUAAGCCUCAAUCGGACUUGCAACCUCAAGUCGAGAAUGGAACAAUAUCACCUGCGAGGUCUUCCACUAGUUCAAGAAUGCCAUCUCCAAUGAGGUCAGAGGAAGCUGCUCCUAUCAAGGAGGAGAAGUCAAACAAAGAAAAAAUUUCAAGUCUACUUUCUCAGAUUUUUAACAGAAACAGCGAUUCAGUACAGCCAGCAGCCAGCAAUAAAAUCACAGAUUUACCUGAGUUACCUGAAACUGAUGAUUCUGAGGUAUCUGAGGACAAAGUUGAAGAGCAGUCCUCAUCUGCUAAUUUUGAAGAACUUAUGAAAAGCAUGGAGGAGAAAGAUCAAUCCAGCGAAAUGCCUGGUAAUUUGCCUGGAGGGAUAAUGCUAGAUCAGAUGUAUGUGAUUGCACCAUCUGAACUCAACUCUUUGCUCUUUUCAUCUGAUUCAAACCAUCUGAGACAGGUGGCAGAGAUUCAGGGAAGUACAGAUCUGCAAGUUGGACCUUGGAAAUUUGAUCCUGAAAGUGGGAGUCUAAAAAGGGUGGUUACCUAUGUUAAAGCAGCAUCUAGGCUGAUUAAGGCUAUAAAAGCAAUAGAAGAUCAAACAUAUCUAAAAGCUGAUGGGAAAUGUUACGCAGUGUUAGCAAGUGUGAACACUCCGGAAGCUCCAUAUGCAAGCAAUUAUAGGGUCGAAGUUCUCAUGUGCAUCUCUCCAGGGCCUGAGUUGCCAUCAGGAGAACAAUCUUCCCAUUUGGUAGUAUCAUGGCGAAUGAAUUUCUUGCACAAUACCAUGAUGAAGGGUAUGAUAGAAGGGGGUGCCCGCCAAGGUGUGAAGGAGAGCUUUGAGCAAGUUGCGACUUUAUUAGCUGAAAAGUUGAAGGUCCUUGAUAUGAAGGACGUUGGCUCUGAAAAGGAACAGGCUUUGGCAUCUCUACAGGUUGAGAAACAGUCAGACUGGAGACUUGCUGUUCAAUACUUUGCUAAUUUUACGGUCAUUUCCACCAUACUUAUGGGAUUAUAUGUGCUUGUGCACCUCUGCCUAGCCAUGCCUAGUACCAUUCAGGGGCUUGAAUUUGGUGGGUUAGACUUGCCAGAUUCAAUUGGGGAAGUUGUUGUGUGUGGAGUCUUGGUCCUCCAAGGUGAAAGAGUUAUGCAUUUGAUAUCACGCUUUAUGCAAGCUAGAGUACAAAAAGGUGGUGAUCAUGGAAUCAAAGCACAGGGGGAUGGAUGGUUGCUAACUGUCGCAUUGGUUGAGGGAAGCAACUUACCAUCUAUUGACUUAAAUGGCUUAUCUGAUCCAUACGUGGUCUUCACAUGCAAUGGUAAAACGAGAACCAGCUCAAUCAAGUUCCAAAAAUCUGAUCCUCGCUGGAAUGAAAUUUUUGAAUUUGAUGCUAUGGAUGACCCUCCUUCUACGCUGGAUGUUGAAGUUUAUGAUUUUGAUGGUCCUUUUGAUGAAGCUGUCUCUUUGGGACGUACUCGAAUUAAUUUUGUAAAAACUAAUAUAUCUGAUUUAGGUGAUGUGUGGGUUCCUCUUCAAGGGAAGUUAGCUCAAGCCUGCCAGUCUAAAUUGCAUUUAAGAAUAUUUUUGAAUAACACGAGAGGUAGCAACAUUAUUAAAGAAUAUUUAACCAAGAUGGAAAAGGAGGUGGGAAAGAAGAUAAGAUUACGGUCUCCUCAGACAAAUUCGGCAUUUCAGAAGCUCUUUAAGCUUCCACCUGAGGAAUUCCUAAUAAAUGAUUUUACUUGUCAUUUGAAGCGCAAAAUGCCCCUCCAGGGUCGUCUGUUUCUGUCAGCGAGAAUAAUAGGGUUCCAUGGAGACCUAUUCGGACACAAAACUAACUUCUUUUUUCUAUGGGAGGAUAUAGAAGAUAUUCAAGUGGUUCCUCCUACUUUGUCAUCUAUGGGUAGUCCAAUUGUGGUUAUAACGUUACAUCCAGGCCGAGGCUUGGAUGCAAAGCACGGUGCAAAGACGGAAGAUGCAGAAGGCAGGCUCAAGUUCCAUUUCCAGUCUUUUGUGUCUUUUAGUGUUGCACACAGGACAAUCAUGGCUCUGUGGAGGGCUAGAGCCUUAAGCCCUGAACAGAAGGCACAAAUUGCUGAUGAAGAAUCAGAUGAUAAGAGCCUGCAGAUGCUUGAGGAAGAAUCCACAUCCAUCAAAAGCGAUGAUGACUCUGAAAACAAAAGCCUCCAGAGUGAAGAGAGCGGAUCCUUCCUAGGCCUAGAGGAUGUCAGCUUGUCUAUUGUUUACUCCUCUGCUCUUUCAGUUCCUUUGAAUUUCGUGAUGGAGUUGUUCAGUGGGAGUGAAUUGGAGCGCAGAGCAAUGGAAAGAGCUCAUUGUGUGAAUUAUUCAACGAGUCCUUGGGAGUUUGAAAAGGCUGAUGUUUAUCAGAGACAGACUUAUUACAAGUUUGACAUAAGUGUUUCUCGUUAUGGAGGAGAGGUGACGACAAGUCAGCAAAAAUCUCGUCUUACCGAUAGAAAUGGUUGGCUUGUAGAAGAGGUGACAACGCUGCAUGGGGUCCCCCUUGGUGACUAUUUCACUCUUCAUACAAAGUACCAAAUAGAGGAUCAAGCUUCAAGAAGUAUGGGAUGCAAAGUGGUGGUGUAUUUUGGGAUUGCAUGGUUGAAAAGCACGAAACAUAAGAAAAAGAUCACAAAGAACAUACAUAUGAAUCUGCAAGACCGCAUGAUGAUUAUGUUCAGUACAAUCGAGAAGGAAUUUGUCUCAGGAAAAAAACAGAUGAUGCAGAGUGAAGCAACUUGAAAGAAGAAGAGAUUAAGAGCAUUUUUCACUCAAGCAUUGAAAUGCUGCAACUGGCGAGAUGGUAUGAUGGGAAUGGGGAUGAUGAUGAUCUUGCAAGUGAAUUUUUUUUCCUUUUGUACAGUUGUUGAUUGUAAUAAGGCAAGCAUUUGGAAGGAAUCAUAUUCAUAUAUGCAUACAGUACACUUGUGUAGAAUGUAGGAUUAGGAAGGAAAUAGCCUAGACUCAGAAUCCAUAGGAGGACAUACGUUUGUUUGUAUACUUUUGAAUUCCAUCAAAUAUAGACAGAC